UGGCCGUAUCAACAACUGCUUGCCUCGAUCUUUACUCAUCGCCCCAUCUGCAUACACUUUCACGACAUCUUUGCUGCAUUCGUCAGUGAGAAUCUGCUUCACCCGUGCCACAGAGCUCGCGAAGUUCCUGAGCGUCUGCCCACCGCCGCUUCUUCCUCUCAGUCUUUCUGAGAAGGCGCAAACAUCACUUCCCUCGCCACACACCAGUCCUAAUCUCUCAACAUGGAGACCUUUGACAACAUCUACCUCGAUCUCUCCAAGCAGACUGGCAAGUGUCGCUUCGCCGAGUCCGGUCUAGGAUGGAAACCCUCGGGUCCAGGCGAUACUUUCACCCUCGACAAAGCCGAGAUCAUCUCAUCACAAUGGAGCAGAGCCGCAAGGGGCUUCGAAGUCAAGAUCUACUCUAGAAACUCCGGUGUCAUUCAGUUGGACGGCUUCAUGCUCGAUGACUACGACCGUCUAUCCAGGUGCUUCAAGCUGUGGUACAGCAUCAACCUCGAACAGAAAGAGCAUGCUCUGCGUGGAUGGAACUGGGGAAAGGCCGACUUUGGCAAGGCCGAACUUGCUUUCAACGUCCGCAACCAACCUGCUUUCGAAAUCCCAUACACCGAAAUCUCAAACACCAACCUUGCCGGCAAAAACGAAGUCGCCGUCGAAUUCUCUCUGCCCGGCAACGGCGACGAGACGGGGACUAACGGCGCCCUUGGCGGUGCAAGAGGCAGAGGCAAGAAGGCGGGCGGCUCGGUCGAUCAAAUGGUUGAGAUGCGCUUCUACAUCCCCGGAACGGCAACUCGCAAGGAGAAGAAGGAAGAGGGCGACGAAGACGGCAGCGAAGCCGACGGCGAAGACGACCAGCAAAACGCCGCCAACCUCUUCUACGAAAUGCUCAUGGAUAAAGCAGAAAUUGGCGAAGUCGCCGGCGCUACCUUCGCUACCUUCCUCGAUAUUCUGCACCUUACUCCCCGUGGACGUUUCGACAUUGAUCUCUACGAGAGUUCUCUCCGCCUUCGCGGCAAGACUUACGACUACAAAAUCCAGUACGAUUCCAUCAAGAAGUUCUUCCUCUUACCCAAGCCCGACGAUGUCCACCAGCUCAUCUGCAUCGGUCUUGAUCCUCCGCUACGUCAGGGCCAGACUCGCUACCCUUUCCUGGUCAUGCAAUUCAAGCGCGAAGAGGACAUCGUCCUUGACCUGAACAUGACGGAAGAGGACCUCGAAAACAAGUACAAGAACAAGCUCCAACCAAGAUACGAGGCACCUAUCGCCACUGUCAUCUCCAAGAUCUUCUUGGGUUUGACGGGCAAGAAGAUCUUGCAGCCCAGUCGCGACUACAACUCGCACCACCAGCAGUCUGGUGUCAAGUGUUCGGUCAAAGCCAACGAAGGCCACCUCUUCUGUCUGGAACGCGCUUUCCUCUUCGUGCCUAAGCCUGCUACCUACAUCGCUUUUGACAACGUCUCCGCCAUUACCAUGUCGCGAGUGGGCGGCGCUGUUAGCGCCUCCCGUACCUUUGACAUUUCGGUCGCACUCAAGGGUGGUGGUGAGCACCAAUUCUCAAACAUCAACCGUGAGGAGCAGAAGUCAUUGGAGAACUUCUUCCAGCUCAAGGGCAUCAAGACCAAGAAUGAGAUGGAAGAAGAAGGCGCCAUGAUGGCCGCUGUGCUACAGGCUGGUGACCUCGACUCUUCGGAUGACGAGGUUGUUGCAGCACGUGGCUCAGCCGACGAAGACGAUGAGUCCGUUGAUGAAGACUUCCACACCGAGUCCGAAUCUGAUGUCGCCGAAGAGUAUGACAGCGCUCACGAUAGUAGCGGAGACAGCGAUGAGGAAAUGGCCGACGCCGGAGGUAGUGACUCUGAGAAGAAGGUGGAACCUCCCAAGAAGAAGGCUAAGACGGCAAAGUAGCUGUCACGCUUUUGCAAUACUCUACCGGAUAUCUGAUUUGAAGAUCGACAUGGCGUAGGCGUUUGGGGGGACAAGGGCGUAAGACGGACGAUGGCUCAUUCCAAAAAGGCACAACUCAAUAGCUGCCACACUCUGAACGUUUUGGUUCACUGCCAACAGAGCACUAUGAAAAUAACAAGUCACUGU